AUGCUGAGGGAUGACCCAAAAUGUCCUUUCAAAUAUGCAUUAAGGACAUUAGAAUUCAUUUACCAGGAAGGGAAUUUGAAACGUGCCGACUGUUUCUAUAGCCCCCGCAACAGACUUUGUGAGAAACUCUGUGACCAAUCCAUGUUACCGCCUUAUCCAUUUGGAAAUGCGGAGUGGAAUACACUCAUGUUAUGUGCGGGAAUGAAAGAAACGGUGUCGAAGGAUUUAUUCAUUAAGUUUGCUAAACAAAUACAGAGCAAUGCACGAUCUUCUGGGAUGACAAAGGAUAUACGAGAAAAAUCUAGAGAGAUUGUCAAGUACUUGCUUGAUACAGAGGGCUUUUGCAAAAACGCUGCAUUUUUAGAAACAAUAAAAAGCAUUCGCUUCGUUGAACCGUACGUUGUUCAACAAGAUUAUGAAGAAAUAUGCCCGCAGUUUGGAUGUGAGAAUUUGAUACAGUUUUGCGAUUCUGUUCCUCAAUCUCUUUCGACACUUGUAUGGACAAACACUCCUAUUCUUCCAUGGUAUGUACAUACCAAUUGGAUCGGUUUAGGAAUCCUUAGCGAACCACCAUUACUCAAAGUACUGCAUGAUACCCACAAUGUGUGUGAUUCCAUCAACAAAAAAAUACAGGACAAGAAAAGGAAAACAGAAUUUAAAUGCGCUUGUAUUUCUGAAUCAGUCAUCAACGAUUUGAUGACAAAGAUUUAUGAGUAUCUACAGGAACAUUGCCUUGGUCAUUCUGAAACCAAACGUAUGCUUUCAGAAACACCACUCGUACACAUAAGGGAAGAGGAAAUAUGUGUCAACGCGAAACAAGUAUCUAUUGCGUUUGAUGGAAAGAAACCGAUACCGCCAUAUUUGGUAGAGAUUCCGCUCUAUUACGGACGAUACAAAGAACUAUUUCAAUUCGUUGGAACAACCGAUUCGGUUACUUUGAGUCAAUACUCAGAAGUGCUGCUUCGAAUUCAAGCCGAAGUCAAAUCAAACAUACUUGGACCUGAUCACAUACGGGACGUGUUGACUGCAUUGAGAAGUAUCAUGACGUUGCUAGAAGAGAACAGCUUGACUGAUAUUGAAAGAUCCAUGAAGGAAGUUGAUGCCAUUUAUUUACCCACCUCUGAAAAACGUUUGGCAAAAUCAACUGACGUUGUGUUUGUUGAUAAACCAAAGCUUAGAUCACGGGUUAUGCAAAACGCCGAUCCUGGAAUACUGUUUAUGCACAGUUUGAAGGAUUGUCACAAACAAGAGAAUCUCAUCUUAAAAUUACCUGAAAACUUUAAACCAAGAGUGUUAAGUUCAAUCGUGCAGGAAUGCCUUUUAUCUUCUACGAAUAAUACCAAACAGGAUAUGAAAGUUAAACAAUUAGGAGCAUUUUUAGUGUCUUCAAGAUUUUUGAACGUUAUACAAAAGAUAGGAAAAUUCAGUGACGAAGAAUUUCAAAUCUACCGUCAACGGUUGCUGAGAAUACAGCUAGUUACCCUCUCUGAGAUCACAACCUUCCUUACGGUGGAUGGUAGACAGAUUCCAGACACAGAAGCUCUGCAGGAAUGUUUUUACUCGGUCGAGAAAAGCGAACCAACGUUAUAUUUUGUAGCUAACGACCAAGGAGUAAGGCAGUGGCUGCAAGACGUUGGACAGAAACUUUUUGGAACUCUCUCAGAUUGUUUAGAUAACAAAAUCGCACCAGAAAAAAUGCGUGAACUGGUUGAUUAUAUAGAUAAUCCAAACAGAUUCAAAAAGUACUGCGAUGAACUUUUAGAUGAGGAAGAAAACGAUGAGGAUGAAUCCCUAGCGUACUUUCCGGGAAAACUAGUGCCCCUUGGUCUGCACGAGUUACUAAAGAAUGAAAUCACUCUGCUAAAAGUUGGAGAUUUAGUCGUCUAUCAGAGGUUUGAUCCAUUAAUUGAUGGUGUCGAAUCCGAUACCAGUACUAGAGCUGAAUUUAUUUUUUCUAGAAUAGUACAAAUAUUACCAGCUGCUAGUUCAAACGACUGGCAUGAGAAAUAUGAAGUCAAUGUCGGUCAAGGCAUCAUCGACACAGUGGAUAGACUUCGAUUAUACAAG